CAGAGCGCUGGUCUACAGCAGCGGCAGCAGCGUCCUCUGGACUCAGGACGCGGAGCGAGCGGCGGCUCUCCAUCCUGCUACCCACAGCACGGGCACGGAGCAGGAGAGGAGGAGGACAACCACAACUUCAACCUGACUCAUUUUUGGGGGGGGGUUCGAGGAACGAGCCAGGAAAACACACAAACAUCUUCUUUUUUUCUACUUCUUCUUUUUCUUAAUGAGUAAGAUACUUCAGAUAUGGCUUCAUCCGUGAGCGGCACAGAGGAGGUCCGGGUGUCGACGUUGACGCCCCUGAAGUUGGUGGGACUCGUGUGCGUCUUUCUCGCCCUGUGCCUGGAUGUCGGGGCCGUGCUGAGCCCGGCGUGGGUCACGGCGGACGACCAGUACUACCUGUCCAUGUGGGUGUCCUGCUGGAAGCCCGUCAGCUCCGAGGAGUGGUCCUGCAACAGCACGCUGACCACCGACUGGCAGAUCGCCACACUGGCCCUGCUGUUGGGGGGGGCGGCCCUCACCCUGCUCUCCUUCCUCGUGGCGCUGAUCUCCCUGUGCUUCAGCUCCAGGAGUCGCUGUUACAAGCCUGUGGCUGUCAUGUUGUUCUCUGCAGUGGUGCUCCAGGUGUGCAGCUUGGUCCUGUUCCCCAUCAAGUUCAUAGAGACAGUCAGUCUGAGGGUGUAUCACGAGUUUAACUGGGGCUACGGGCUUGCCUGGGGAUCCACCAUCUUCUCUUUUGGAGGAGCCAUCCUCUAUUGCCUCAAUCCCAAGAACUAUGAAGACUACUACUAAAAUAUGCAAGACAAGACGAGAAA